AUGGCCACCACCAUAACCCCUCCUCAACAAGACUCGCCAGGCAAUCGGAUAGUUCCCGUCAAGAAAAAGGACAGCGAUGCGACCCCCGAUGGGAAGCCGAAGCGGACGCGCACUGGCUGUCUGACCUGCAGAGAGCGUCAUCUAAAGUGCGACGAGACGAAACCCACCUGCAACAACUGCUCAAAGUCGCAACGCGAGUGUAAUUGGGGCAAAAAGCUCAAUUUUCUCGACACGACCUGCGAAAGGAAUGCCUACUUGAUCCCCAAGGGGCUCGACUAUCAGAUUGCCUUUCAAGACGAGUCGAGGCUCAUCGCCGGGGAAUAUGUCGGUGGGAGGGAGAUGUACCCAGAAGAAGACCACGAGUCGCACAUGGCAAUGAGCGGUCAUGGCUUUGCUAUGGGACCGCCGGGCGUCUUGGGUCCUUCUGUGUCGUCGCGCCAGCAUGUCCCCUCUUUGCAGGGUAUGAGCCAUGAGCCAUACCCUCAGGCGGAACAAGACUACAAUUUUGAUCACCAGCGAGCGUCAUCGCAGCAGCACGCGCGUGCACCCCCUCAUUACUCCAAUACGGCCCCGUCCUCGUAUACGGUAGAGCAGUCAGGCAGUCCGACACCGCUCCCGACACGCGAUUACCUCAAAAGCCAGGAGGAGGUGCUAUACAUGCAAGUCUUUGUCGAGGAAAUCGGUAUAUGGAUGGACAGCAUGGAUGCGCACAAGCACUUCUCCCGGCUACUGCCUUUUCACGCCUUGAACGAGCCUAUGCUUCUCCAUGCAUUCUUGGCUUGUGGCGCUCGACAUCUCGCGCUAGUCAACCCAAAGUAUAGUGAAGAGAAGGCGCUUCAUUACUACGAUGUGGCAACACGGGAUUUGCUGCACUCUCUGCAAGACCCUGAUCGAGAUACCAUACUUUGUGCGACCACGGCAGUCAUUCUUAAUGUUUACGAGAUCAUGGGUGAACGUGCACUGCAAAGGAUGAAUCAUAUCGCGGGCGCCCGCGCAUUGAUCAAGGAAUGUCGGUGGAACGCUAGAGCGACAGGCAUUGGUGCGGCAUGCUUUUGGCUGAAUGUUGGCAUGGAGAUUUUAAGUUGUCUGCACUUCAACUGGCAGGUCGCGUGGGAUCCCGAUGACUGGGGCAUCGAAAUGGACUUCACUCCAGAGACCGAGUCCGGCAAAGAAGAGGUAUGGACGCAUCGGAUCUUGUACGUUGUGGCUAGGAUAUGCAACUUCCGCGCCUCGAUACCCCGAAACCCGGAUCAUGCUAGGCAGACGUUGCAAGAUCGGCACAAUGAAUGGCUUCGCUUGAAGGAGAUGACGGACAGGUGGAAUGAAAACAUACCUCGAACGAUGCAUCCCAUGGCAUACCUCUACCCUGGACAGACCAUCUCAGGAUCCGCAUUUCCAGAAGUCUGGCUGAUCAAAAGAGCGUCCAUCAUAGCCCGGCUUUUCUACCACACAUCACUCGUCUUGCUCGCGCAAAUCAACCCAAUCCAAGGACCGAACGAGCCGGAGAUGUGGAACAUGCUCGAGCAGAACUCCAAGUUCAUCUGUGGCAUCAGCGCCCACGUCAAGGAUCGAGGAGUCGCAAGUGUGGCUCUACGGUCACUGGCCAUUGCUGGAGAGUGUCUCACAGAUAGGCGAGAGCAGGAGGAAGUUUUACAAAUCUUCGACAAGAUUCGGCAGGAGACUGGUUGGCGGGUCGGCUUUGUCAACACCGAACUGAAGCAGAAAUGGGGCUGGGACACACCGCAAGGCCAAGAGCAGCAACAGCAGCAACAGCAAGCUCAACAACAAAGACAACAACAACAACAACAGCAACAGCAACAGCAACAGCAACAGCAACAGCAAUCACAAGACCAACAACAACAACAACUAAACGGCCGCCUCCAAGACCCCCUCCUCUUCCAACAACAACAACAACAACCCCUCGUCGUCCCCCCACAAAUCCCCCAAGUCACAAUGCCCCCCGCACCCCCCGUCCCCAUACGACGACCCACGGGCUUCGGAAACCCCCUCCUCGUCGCCGACUUCAGCAUGCCACAACACCCCUAUCAGACACACUAUGUGCCCGCCAACGCCGUCCAGCAACAUCACGCAUCUACUACUCUACUCCAGCCGCCGAUGAACGGUGUGAAUGGCUAUGGGACACAUGGGUUUUAUUAA